AUGUCCACAACAACAAACCUACUCCACCCGGGCACGGAGCACCGGGAGGAGCGGGAGGAGGAGCGGAACCAGGACCAGGAGCAGGAGGAAGAGCAGGACCAUGAGCAGGACCAUGAGCAGGACCAUGAGCAGGACCAUGAGCAGGACCAUGAGCAGGAGGAGGCUUACCCAGAGUUUGAGGCUCUGUACUCCGCUGCGCUGCAGGCGGCGGGGCUCCCACGGAUCUACUGGAGGAACCUGCUGCAGAAGAUCAGUGAGGAGGUGUUCGAUGCGGGGGAGGUGUUCGGUAUCGUUCAGACUCAGGAUGAAGACGGUCGAGUGGUUGGUUCCAAAGUCGUGGUGACUCGAGAGAGCGGACUGCAGGUCUCUGACCCAAACAGUGUCUUCCUGGUGGACCAUGCCUGGACGUUCCAUGUCCCAGACGCCCGGCAGCAGCUGAGGCGGGUGCCGGGCCUCAUGCCCAGGAUGGCGGCUCUCAUGGGGCUGGACUUCCACGGAGAGAUCCCAGACCCAGAGACCGAAGACCUGGUCCUGAACCAGAUCUGGAAGUACUGCCAGACCUACCAGCUGAGCCAUGGGGUCAUCUGGUGA